AUGAAAUUCCCCAGCUUGUUCAAUGGAUUGGUUUCAUUUGCACUCUUGUCAUCAACAUUUGCAGCUCCAGCUCCAGCUCACAACAGGAAAAGAGCCGAGACCAAUGGCGGUAACGAGGUGGUGAUUGUCAAGGUUAAAACCACUAUUAACCAAUACUUUACCAAUACUCACAUUGUCCAUGCUCCAACUACUACAUACACUAGCUGGUCAGUCAGUUCCAGCACCACCACCGUGACUCAUUACACUGCCACCGUCACCAGUACAAUCUGGGGCCAGGCUCGCACGUUUACUACCGUUGCUACUACGCCUGUUUCCGCUGCUGAUGUUGCAGCUGUGCCCGAGAAUGAAGUCACCAGUUCCACUUCUAGUACUAGUACUACUAUUGCUGCUGCUGCUGUUGAAACUACUCCGAGUGCCGAGAGCUCAUCUGCUGCUGCUGCUGCGACUACCACCACAGCUAAUCAGAAUCAAGAAGUUGCCGCUAGUCCCUCCACCACCGCACGCAUUGCUCAAGCUACUACUACCACCGCUGCUGAUGCCGCUGCACCUCAAUCCACCUCACUGAGAUCCUCGACGACAUCUACAUCGUCAACUUCAGUCCAAGCACCAUCACCAACUACAUCGACUCAGGUAACAGAUGGGCCAACGGUUACAAACGCGCCCGUUCCAUCGUCGACGGACUCAUGGAUAAUCGAAAACGUCACCACGUACUCCUCCGACGGACAAUGCUAUAUUGAUUAUGACUAUUACUACGAUAGUGACACUGCUGACGAGACCGUGACGCUGACGUCUACUGUUUACGCCACCGUUACGCUAGUAUGA